CCGGGAACUACAAAUCCCAGGAUGCCACGGUGCAGGCUCCCGGCCGGAUACAGUGUUGGCUCGGAGCAUCGCAGGACCUGCUGCUGGGGUAUCGUCGCCUCUGCACUUAUGGCUUCUCCUAGCAAGGCAGUGAUUGUUCCUGGGAACGGAGGCGGGGACGUGGCUACUCACGGCUGGUAUGGCUGGGUGAAGAAGGGGCUGGAGAAGAUACCUGGUUUCCAGUGUUUGGCUAAAAACAUGCCUGACCCAAUUACAGCUCGAGAGAGCAUCUGGCUGCCCUUCAUGGAGACAGAGCUGCACUGUGACGAGAAGACCAUCAUCAUCGGCCACAGUUCCGGGGCCAUUGCAGCUAUGAGGUAUGCAGAAACGCAUCGAGUCUAUGCUAUCAUAUUAGUGUCUGCAUACACUUCAGACCUGGGGGAUGAAAAUGAGCGUGCUAGUGGAUACUUCAGCCGCCCCUGGCAGUGGGAGAAGAUCAAGGCCAACUGCCCUCACAUUGUGCAGUUUGGAUCCACUGAUGAUCCUUUCCUUCCCUGGAAGGAACAGCAGGAAGUGGCUGACAGGUUGGAAACCAAACUGCACAAAUUCACUGACCGCGGCCACUUUCAAAACACAGAGUUUCAUGAACUAGUUAGUGUGGUAAAGUCUAUGCUCAACGUGCAAGCAUAGACAGGCUACUUCCUCUACUUCUGCAUUCCAUCAGAGGGGCAGAGUAAUAUCAGACAGCUAGACACAAAACAUCAGUUAAGUUCCAAAAGUGCCUGAAAAACACAAGUUUCAAGGUUCAAAUUAACUUACAAACAGCAUUUUCAUUUUACACAAACUCAGUCUUCCCAUUCACCAUUGUGAAUGACAGUAGUCAUUUUCCCAUUUCGUAAGGGACAGAAGGCCAGCCUAACUACCUUUCUCUACCCUAUGUGAGUUGUCAGAAAUGGAGCUCAGGUUUCCUGAUUCCCACUCCAGAUUAUAACUAAUAAGUUUCGUGCAUAUACUGCACUCUUUUUCUUUUGACACAUAGCUUUUAUAGGUUGGCAGAGGACAGGUGCUCUCAGAAGAAAGCAAAGCAUGCCCAGUGGAACACGGCCACACCGCAGUCCCCCUCCUCCAUUCCUCCCUUCCAUCAGGAUCAGACACAUAGGCACAUGCGCUCACCUUGUUCCCAAAGUUGCUGGGGCCAGGACUUGAACUGAGCUUGGAAAUGGUUCUGGUUCUCUCAACUACCGAGCUGCAAGGCUGGCCCAACCUUUUAUAUUUUAUUUGAAAAAGAAAACAUGAUUAUAGGUCCAGUGUUAGCUUAGAGCUCAAAAUACUAGCAAGGUGGCCCAGGAAGUUAAACCCACACCAGGGCCUUUACCUUUGGUGACCGUUCCCCAAUCCUUCAGACACUGGAGAGUGACUGAUAGGUAAGGGUGCCAAGUCAGGGAUCUGCGGGAGUCAGGCCAAGAAUGGAAGUGCAGCCUGCCCGUAUCUAAGUAUCACAUGAACACAGUGAGUAGGUCUGUAAGACGAGAGUGGUAGGGACCAAGGUGACACGGAGAGCUCUUGCCUUGUCUAAAUUGUUGCCAUGUAGAAACUUGGCAAGGUGUUGCCAGUUUUCUGGGUUUUUUUUUUUUUUUUUUUAGGAAAAAUCUUUGCACAGUGGUUUUUAAAUUAUGUAUGUCCAUAAAAUCAUGUCCAGUCCACAUACAUGUGGACUAUAUUCGCUGGCAACUAACACCAUAUAUCAAAACAUUUACACACACUGCAAGACACAAAAUCCAAGCCAUUCAUUUGUGAGUUCUGUUGUAUUAACUUAGCCCAGGGCUUUUAGAUGAGUCUGUAGAGUCCAAGAAAGCCUAAGAUAACCAAGCAGAAUGUCAAAGAAUGAGAUCAUGGGAACAAUUUGGAUUUUGUUACAAAGGCUUUAGUGUUUUUUAAAAUAACCUUUCUGUACUUGAAACUUCGCUCUGUAAAUGUUCAACUGUUUAACUUCGAUCUUCCAUUAGAUCCCUUUGAAGCAUCAUUCCUCCAUUUCCCCCCUUUUUGGCUAUCAUGAUUGAUUCCUAAGUGCUGCCUCAAAUAAUUUGCAAUUAAAUUCACCAUAAAGUGAUGCUGCAGAGUCUGAGUUUGCUAGGGCACUGUGAUUUCUCAGAAAAAUGUUGAUUUCCACAAUGUUUAUGUCCAAAGGGGACUCAGAACCAUCACUAUAACCUGAAAGUCUUUUGGGUUGUAAAUGUGCUUAGAUAAUGAAAGUCAAGAAAGUAUUUCUAAACUUCUGACCACAGCUACCUUUAAGGAACAGGAAUUUUGGCAGGUCGAGCAUAGCGGAUAUCUCUGUUUUACUUUGUCCACCUGGGAAUUAUUUGAAUUUGUUACACUGAAUGUGUAUUACUUUUGUAAUGAAAAUUAUGAUUUUAAAACAAGUUAUUCUGACAAAUUAUAAAAAUGAGAUAAAUCAGCUGAAUAAUAAUUUUCAGGCCAUUUAGCACUGAUUUGACCAAGCCUAUAAUUAAAACUUGAUUCUACUUGAAUUGUUUGGAA